AUGGCACCAUGGCUCUCUUGCCUGCAAUCAGUAUCUCUUUUCCUGAUGACCUCCAUACACUCGGAAUUUGACAUUGUGUAUCUUGCAUUUUUCCAGCCGUACGCAUAUGUGAUGGUCGGAGUGUUUACAUUUUUAGAAAUGUUGUGUGAUCUUCUUCUGGAUGCGUACGACGGAAGAUUGGUUUUUAUACAAACUCCUCGCUUCUACAUCAAAUCAGUAUUCUUUGUGGCAUUCUCCGCAUGUUUUCCGCAUGUGGUUUUAAAAUGGUUGGACUUUUUCAAGGUCAAGAGAUGUCAUGCUUAUGUCCCAUUCUCGGAUGGAAUACUCGAGUACAUCUGUGCUGCAUCCAUCAUUGCAUACAACUUCAUCACGCUCAGACCAGAGUGGAAAUGUAUAUCACGCCUACAUCAGAAGACGUCAGGAACGUUUCCUCGUAUUCUCCAGAAGUAUAUACACCAGUGGGACACGAAGGGAAAUCAUUAA